AUGCACGUGUUAAUUGCGAUGCACGUUAUAAUUGCGUGUUGCUAUCUUGAGGCUUCAAGUGCCAACAAAAUCAAGAAAGAACCACAACGUUUGUUUAUUGCUAGAGGAACAGAAACAACGAAAACUCGGCGUGACCUGAAAAAAAUAACGCAGGUUUUGAAAACAAUGACUUGGUGUGGUAUGGCGCAGAAAAAGACGUUGCCCGAAACUCCCAAUAAUUUGGAAAGGUUACUCUUAAUCAGUGACGCGGUUGAGAAUAACCACUUCUUUUCACAAUUGCUUCUGGAAAAAAUUCAAAAAGUCACAGUAAUCGAUCUAAACAACGUUGUGCAGAAAUAUGUAUCUCAGUUGAUUGAUCCUUUAAACUCAAGAAUGGUCAUCAUUUGUCCUCCAAAGGAAAUUAUGAAAUUAGUUUCCAAGUUUCAAACAUUAUUGAAUUGUAAUUUUGAUGUCUACAAAAAUAUCAAUGCGUUUAACACGGAAUAA